GUGAAGGACAGGAUGUACCCCGUCCCCGUGACAAGAACACCCCAAGAUUUUGAUAGUAAGCGAAAUCGCGUAUCGACCUUCCAUACACCACAGAAAACCGCGGCAGAAGAAAAGACGCCUCAUAUUGCAGUGGGGGGAUCGUCACACGUAGAUCGUCGUAAUGUUCUGGCUCUGAACCAUUAAGAAGAUGCAUAUCCGUGUGACAAGCCAGUAGGGCCAGAGACGAUGUCUCCAGGAGGGCACAGCACGCGCUGCAUGGAAAACCACUCAGAAGAAGUGACAGCUCAGAAGAUGGAUGUGGCAAAACUAGCUAGC